CACUGACCUUUUAUAUGGUCCUCCGCCUUCGAACUCCAAGCUCCGCUCCCUCGGCUCAGUCACUCGCAUCACUCAGACAGAGACAAACACUACAGCUUCUUCGAAGCUCACACCGUACGGAUCGGCGGCGUAUUUUUUCUUCCUCUGAUUUUCACUCUCUCAAUCGAGAAAGAAAAACAUUCAAAACAUGGCGGCGGCUGCAUCUUCGUCUUCAACGGCAUCACCCAAAACGACGACGGAGAGGAGAGGAAUACCCGGAGCUCAGUUCGUAGAAGAUGUCGAGAUUUAUCUCUCUCAAAAUGGCCUCGAUGUUAACUCUGCCCUCGCCUUUCUCCAAGAAAGGCUUCAGCAGUAUAAGUUGGUCGAGAUGAAGCUUCUUGCUCAGCAACGAGAUCUUCAGGCAAAAAUUCCUGAUAUCGAGAAAUGCUUGGACGUGGUUGCCACUUUACAAGCUAAGAAGGGUACUGGUGAGGCUCUCAUUGCUGAUUUUGAAGUCUCUGAAGGCAUAUUUUCUCAGGCUCGCAUUGAGGAUAACGAUUCAGUUUGUUUAUGGCUAGGAGCUAAUGUCAUGUUGGAAUAUUCAUGUGAAGAGGCCACGUCGCUACUGAAAAAGAAUUUGGAAAACGCCAAAGCAAGUUUGGAAGUUCUUAUAGCUGAUUUGCAGUUCUUGAGGGAUCAAGUGACCAUAACUCAGGUAACUAUCGCUCGUGUGUAUAAUUGGGAUGUCCAUCAACGACGGAUCCGUCAAACUUCUACUUCUUCCACAGCCAAGGAUUCAUGAACUUAGAAAUACCGUUUCUUGAUAUAUGGUUGGUAGAGAGUAUGCUCCUAUCCCCGUUUUUCGUUGUUUCGAUCAACGUUCCAUCCGUGAAUUUCUCGAUCGAUCUAGAAUUUCAGUCCGGGGCCUCUCCAUAUCUACAAUUUCCACUAGCCGUAGGUUAAUUAUGUUUCUGGGAGCAAUUUGCCAUGUGAUGGUUAAGGGUAAAACUUUUGGAUGUCAUAUGUAACAGCUAUUUUUACUAUGAUCGUUGGAGGUUUGUGUUCUAUUUGUUUGCAGUGUCAUUGGUAUUUGAUGAAUCCAACAAUUGCAGUGAAGACUUUGGUUGAAAUUUGAAA